AUGUCGUCGCAGACCAUGACUGCGCCAGCCGUGGGCCAUCGACCGCCUGAUCCAGGCCCCGAUAACCCCCUGUACGACUAUGGCUGCUCACCAAAAACAACGCCCCCUUCCAAUCCUCGAGACGACUCCGCAAUCCGCGCCAUGCAGAAUAAUUCUGCCCCGUCAACUCCUAACGGGAUGACCGCCCCGGACGUCGCAAUCAAAACUGAAUGCUUAGACACCCACGACUUUUCAGCAGCGCAACAUCAGCAAGAUGCAACUACACAAAACGCCGCAAGCGCGCUCCUAGCACAACUUCUAGGGAAUCAAUCAGCGCCGAACUCGACCCCUACCACGAUACAACCGGCACAUCAGGGUGAGGACCAGGAUCUUCACAUGGAUAUCAAGAUGGACGACUCAAUUUCCCAGCCAUUCGAUAUGGCUGCUCAAAAUCCUACGCCAAUCGACCCCGGCUUGCAGCAAGAUACAAACUCAAUAUCCCGUGAGAUUCAUGAUUUGUUGAAUGGAAAAGCUCUAGGUACCGAGCUUAUGGGGACAAACUCUGCUCAAGAUUUAAGCCAUACAGGAUUUACCUCGACAGAUGCCCUGGGUACCUUGUCCGAUCCCAUGAACCCGAAAUUGAGUACAGACCAGCCCUCUCUCCUCCCGCCGUUGGAUUUUUCUUCCGCCCCGAAAAAUGCGUUUGAAGCCCUCCAGCAGAACGAGCUGCUCACGGCCGCCUUCCUUUCGCAAAAUGCCGACCUGUCAGCUUUAGGAUACCAAGAGGCGGCAGCGUCAAUUGCUGGAUCGGAACCAAAGAUUCAAGCUUUUGCUAAGUUGGAGUUUGACGAUGGGCAUUUCUACGUCAAUACCUAUUCAUUCAUCCUAGGGCGAGAUGUGCGCGCCGCCCGUGCUGCCCAUCACCGAGAGUUCCAGUACCGGCAGGCCGUGCGAAGCUCUCGAGCGAAGAGUUCCAGUGGAGGAAAUACAUCCCAUACGCCGAAUCGUAUGAAGCGGGAGGAGAGUGCUGCAAUGAUGGGCAGUGUUGUCAGCGAUCGCGGAGGUAUCAUGGGCUUCGAUCCAGAUGUACCUCCGCAUCUUCCGGGCAACCUAAAUAUGAGCCGAAGAUCCUCGAAAUCCUCCUUUGACGAGGCCGUUGUACCCUUGCAUGCCAACCCGGCGCAAUUACAAUCGACCACGGAUUACAAUGCCCUCGCAAUGCAAUCUUUACAGGAAGGAAACGGAGAUGCAAAGCCCGUUGAUGCGCUGGCUUUACUCCCGUCUCCUGAUUCUUGCCCUACCAUCCCAAUCCACCCCCCAACGACGGUUGACGGCAGUGCCGCAGGCCACCGAGGGAUUUCUCGAAGACAUGUCCGGAUUUCAUAUAACUUUGAUCGUAAUUUGUUUGAGAUGGAAGUCAUGGGUCGCAACGGAGCGUUUAUUGGUGCCGAUUGGCUAUCUCCAGGACAGGUUCGACCGUUACACAGCGGCGACUAUAUCCAGAUUGGAGGUGUGCGCAUCCGCUUCUUGCUACCAGACGUUCCUAUCGGUGAGACAGGAGCCGACCGGAUGGAAGAGAAAUUGGCAGAGGAAGCCGAAGCAGAGGAAGAAAAGGAGAAAGAAAAAGAUGCCCGUCCUUCGAUCGAAGUCGAGGACGAUAUCGAUGAAUCCGAGAGAGUUGGAAGCGACAGCGGGGAGAGCAGGGAACCAUCGAAGAAGAUCAUUCUCAAGACAAAGGAUCCCAAAUCAUCAGCCCAACCAAUGGAUUCUAUUGAGACAGCUGACAAUGAUUCACAGCCUGCUCGCCGCCGUGGACCUGGACGUCCUCCCAAGGAUGGGAUUAUGUCCAAGCGCGAGCGAGCUGAGCUUGCCCGGGAACAGAAGAUUGCUGCCAAGCGUGAGGCCAAUGGAGGUGUUACGCCGCCUCCACUGAAGGUGCCCAAAGCAGGAAAGACAGUUGCCAAGGAAAUCAUUCCCGAGUCGCCAACGAACAAACCAGCGGAGAAGCGGAAAUACACCAAGAGAAAGAAGCCCGAUGGCACGCCGAUGGACUCUCCUCUUCCUUCAACGGAAGGUGGUCAUUUGUCUACAGAGCCGCCCCAAGAAUACGUCAAGCCUCCACCGGUCAAAAAGCGGAAGCCAUCACGGUCACCGUCUCCCAACUAUCCUCCGGAGUCUGCUUACACCCCCGAGGAUUUGGCGAAGCCUCCAUACAACUACGCUGUUCUCAUCUUCGACGCUCUGACGGAAGCUGGCACGCCAAUGACGCUGAAGCAGAUCUACCGCGCGCUUAAACUGAAGUAUCCGUACUUCCGCUUCAAGUGUGAAACUGAGGGAUGGACAUCCAGUGUACGACAUAAUCUGAACGGCAACGGCCAUCUGUUCAUGCACGCAGAGCGAGACGGCAAGGGAUGGUCAUGGCAGCUUAUUCCUGGCGCAUCUGUUGAGAAAGAGAAGAAACGGCGUCCUUCGCCGCCGCCGCAGCCUGCACCUCCUCCCCAGCAGUACAUGCCUCAGAUGUCCCACUCCCAUUCUUAUGCACAACCUCAAGGCCCGCCACCUGUGCCAAAUCCGCCGCAGCAUUUCCAAUUCCCUUCUAUCCCGCCUGCUCCUUUCCCAGCAUCUAUUACUGUGGGAGGACCUCAACCACAGCCCAAUCCCUAUCCACCUCCACCGAAGGCUUCUGUUCCUACGCCUGUUGCUCCUCCCCCCUGCUCCUCCGCUGCCUCCUUCCCUAUUCCCAGCCAGCUGCGCAACAACCUCCCGGCUGCAUUCGCGGCGACUAUCCCCUCAACCUACACUUCGCCAUAUGCAUCUGCUCCCACUUCGCAGGGUGGGCAACAGCAACAGUUGCAGACCCCAAUGCCUCCUCAGCGACCGCCCCAGCAUCACUCCCCCUACCCUCAACAAAAACCGCCAUCCUCCCAACCCCCUCAUCCCAAUACGCAGCCUCGGGCCUACCCUCCAGCUGGGGGGAUUCCAGCCCAUCACCACCAACAGCAACACCCUAUCCAGCAGAACUCUGCACCAGGGCCCCAAGAGUCAUCUUCGUUCAUUGACCGAGCGAACAAGGCAAUCGAUGACUUCGAAGCUGUCCUGAUGGAAGACUACGAGGACAAGAACUACAUCCGAGAAGUUCUCCGGAGUGCGCGCGCACGCGUGUUGGGCGAUGCCACGGAAAGCUCCUUCCCCGGUGGCGAGCCAAAAGACGAAGCCGUCAUCACCGGUGUACUGCGUGACCUGGUCGGUAGUCUGAAAGACGAAUAA